AUGACAACAAUCCAAGAAAAUUUCAUUCCUUUUGCUAAUCCAAACACUUCCUCUCAAAUUGCUCUAUCUUUAUCACAACUCAUUCUCACAAGCAAUUCAUCAAACACCUUGGACUCGAUUUUCUCCCACUGCCAUGAACCGAACAGUAUGCCAUCAGGCCCGGUUCUCGAGCCGCUGGGCUCAUCAGUGUACCUGAGGCAAAAGGAGCUGUUCAAUCAGCUCAAUCAAGCAAACCCAUUACCAAUCACAAGGGUUAAAGUACCAAUUUCGGAUCUUGAUUCGGGCACGGGCCUCAAGUAUCCAGGCUCGGCCAAGACCAAGAUGUACAGAGGGGUUAGGCAACGGCAGUGGGGCAAAUGGGUGGCGGAGAUAAGGCUGCCGCAGAACAGAGUCCGCGUGUGGCUGGGCACCUACGGCACGCCGGAGGCCGCCGCGUACGCCUACGACCGUGCAGCGUACAAGCUACGUGGGGAGUACGCGCGGCUCAACUUCCCGAACCUGCGCGACCCGGCCCGGCUGGGGAUUGGGGGGCCUGACCUGGUGGACUCGCUGAGGCGGACCGUGGACGCCAAGAUCCAGGCAGUGUGGCAGAAGGUGAGGCGGGAGAAGAGGGCCCGGAGAACCGCGGCGAAGAAAUCGAAAUGCGGCGGCGAUGUUAUAACUUCCGGCGAAAGCGAGGGGAAGGGAGCUAUGCCGUCGCCUGCGGCGGCGGCGAACGCGGAGAGCUGGAGCGGUGGCGUUUCGGAAGAUGGGCUUUUCUGGGGCGGCGAGGAAUCGCCGGAAUCGAGGUCGUACGGGUGGGGAUCGGCGGCGGAGGAGGUCGGGGGGUCGGAAAUUGAGGGAUGGCCGCUGGCGCGGCUGCCGUCGUUCGACCCGGAGCUGAUUUGGGAGGUUCUGGCGAAUUAA